CCUGAGAUUGGGAUGCGCUUAAACUAAGUGUAGUACGGUAACGCCUGAACGGCCAUUCAAGUUGCUCGUUGGGAGUUGUAGCGGAAGACUUUGGCUCUGCUGGACGCUACCAGCUGUAAACUAACCCGGCUACAGAAAGGCGAAACGGCGGAUGGAACAUGGAGUGUAUUCCAGUAACUAUUGAUGAUCUUGAGGGCAAAAAGGACCCAGUUAUAGAGGACCCGGAGCACAAUGUGUACACCAGGUUCAUGAAGUCACACCGAUGUUAUGACCUUGUACCUACCAGCUCCAAAUUGGUUGUGUUUGAUACGUCACUUCAGGUGAAGAAGGCAUUUUUUGCACUUGUUUCUAAUGGGGUAAGAGCAGCACCUCUGUGGGACAGUAAGAAGCAGUGCUUUGUUGGUAUGCUAACCAUCACAGACUUCAUUAACAUUCUUCACCGCUAUUACAAAUCUCCAUUGGUUCAGAUAUACGAGUUAGAGGAACACAAAAUUGAAACGUGGAGAGAGGUGUACCUUCAAGAUUCGUUCAAGCCCUUGGUCAGCAUAUCUCCCAAUGCAAGUUUGUAUGAUGCAGUAUCAUCUUUGCUGAAGAACAAGAUCCACAGAUUGCCUGUAAUCGACCCCCUGACAGGGAACACGCUCUAUAUUCUCACACACAAGAGGAUUCUCAAGUUCCUGAAGCUUUUUAUAUCAGAGAUGCCAAAACCCUCAUUCUUGAGUCAAACCUUAGAGGAGCUGAACAUUGGAACGUUCAAGAACAUAGCGGUGGUCCGCUCAGACACUCCGCUGUACACGGCGCUGGGUAUUUUUGUUGAGCAGCGAGUGUCAGCACUCCCCGUUGUGGACGACAAAGGUCGAGUUGUGGACAUAUACUCAAAAUUCGAUGUUAUAAACCUGGCAGCGGAGAAGACGUACAACAACCUGGAUGUGACAGUGACCAAAGCCUUGCAGCACCGAUCGCAGUACUUUGAAGGAGUUCUGACCUGCCACAGACACGAAACCCUGGAGGCCAUCAUCAACAGACUGGUGGAGGCUGAGGUGCACAGGCUGGUGGUGGUGGAUGAGCAGGAUGUGGUGAGGGGAAUUGUCUCACUUUCAGAUAUUCUCCAGGCACUAGUGCUUACUGAUGGGGAAGAGGGCACUGCUUGAGAAAGGAAAACAAAGAAAGGCUACACAGUUUCAAGAGGAGGCCGGAGCAAAGGGAGAAAGAGAACAGACAUGUAAGAGGGGAAUUAUGAUAGUAUAUUUUAGUAUCAUCAUCCAUCUUCUGUAACCACAUUUCCUCUAUUUACAAAAGAUGUCUCCCUCUCUGCAAAAAUAUGAAGUUCACCAAGUUUUAGCAACCCAGCAAUGAAUAAUAUUUGUAUUACGGGACACAUAGAAUCCCCUGUAAAUUGAGCCUAAUUCCAUGUCACCAGCGAGUGACAAGAAAGAUGCAAAAGCACAAGAAACCUCUGAAGAAGAGCUGGAGCCGCUCAGGAUGAUCAGCAUCAUUCCCACCUUUACAGCUGUUGUUAUGCUGAUCUGCGUAGAGGAGGACCAUAAAUUAAGACUUUGAUUACAAAGGUAUUCCUGGUAAUGUAAAGUAAUUGCCAGAUGAAAUAAGCAAUCAGUUACCAGCUAAAUGGAAAACCAAUUUACUGGUGUUGCCUUUUGUUGGUAGCAUUUCUAUAAUAGGGCUGAAAGUAGAUGCACAGGGUCUGAGCCUAUCUACAGGUAAUUUUAAACACUGUAACUCUGGUGUUGGUCUUUGCCUGAGCCCUGUUCUUUGUACAUACAAGUACUAUGACAUUAUGAGGCUUAAAUGAUCUUGUUAUUCCUUAUUCAGUCGGCUUGAUUAUUUAAAUACAGGAAGAGGAUUGAGCUGUUAAUCUUUUUAAACCCUAACCUUCCAAUUUGCAAAGACAUAUUGAUGGAUUUAGUAUAGUAUUUAUCUGUAUAUAUGUUAUACACACUGUACAUGCAGUACAUACAUACAGAAAAUAACCACGCAUCUACCCUUUUGACAAGAUUGGAAAAUUAUUCUGCAAUUUAUCUUUUAAACAGUUGGAAGACUUUGUCAGUGGUCCGCACUGAAAAUUAUUGUAUAGAUGUAAAAUUAGAAAGGCCUAAUCAUGGUCUUUUUGAUUAAGUGGACUGUUGCAGGUUUCAGCUUCACAGCCUGUUGCCCCAAAAAUGGCUCUGGAUAAAUUUCAAGUGAAAUUAAAUUACCUGAAAAAAAUGUAUUCAUGUGUACUUGUCAACAAUUGAAUUAAUUUACCAUAGUUACCAGUGUGAAGAAGAAUCCAAAGGUUCGGGUUUUAAUCUGUUGUGUAGCCAGACAGCGAAGUAGCAAACCUGGAUCAGCACUUUAGGCUCCCAAGAAAACCUCACUGGUGAAGUCCAAAACAGCAUUGAUGACCCUGCUGUUAGAGACGACCAUUGAUUGUGCUGUAUUCUGUUUGAGUGCACAAAUUCUGAAUAUUUAUGGGUUUUAUGUUUUGCCAUUUUGUCUGUGUUGUCAUGGAUAACUAAAUAUGUAAUGGAUUGUACAAUUUACUUUAGAGACAAUUUGUUUUCUGCUUGUUUUGUUAGCUUCACUCUGGGGUUUGGCAUUAUUAGCGUUAAAGGGAUUUUCUUAUUGCUUCUAUGCUGCAAAAUCUCACCAAGUUUUGAAAAUGUGGUCCAUCACUUGAAAACUAAUGGUCAAAAUGACAGUUUCUGUAUUAUUCAUUUUCUGAUUUUUUUUAUGUUAGUGGUGUGUUUAUGUUGAUGUCAAAACUUCAGAUGUUACAGGUGUAUUCAGCUGUUUUCUGUUCAUUGUGUCUAAGGAUCUUUAUCCAAAUCACUAAAUGCCAGCAUUUCAUUUCCAUUUCUGUUUUGGUAUAUAUGAAUAGAAUGUGUACAACUGUAUGUAAAUGCACAGUUUUUGUACUAAUCUGCAUUGAGAUUAUAAUUUAAAGAAUGAGCAAUAAACAUUCUUUGAGUUUAA